AUGAAGAGUGGUGACUUGUCCAGCCUACCAUCUGUCCUCGGCUCGCUUGCUUCCCUCACCCACCUGUCAGUCACCUCACCCACCUGUCAGUCACCUCACCCACCUGUCAGUCACCUCACCUACCUGUCAGUCAACUCACCUACCUGUCAGUCACCUCACCCACCUGUCAGUCACCUCACCCACCUGUCAGUCACCUCACCUACCUGUCAGUCACCUCACCUACCUGUCAGUCACCUCACCCACCUGUCAGUCACCUCACCCACCUGUCAGUCACCUCACCUACCUCCCCCUUCACCUUUCCCUCCUGCUCUAUCCAUCAGUCCCCUCUUCCCCUCGUCCCUUCCUCCUGUUUUGAGUCGACUGAAGACACCCUCUCGCCCGCCCUCCAUCCCAUCUCGUCUCACAGGCACAUCGAGUCAGCAAUCAACAGUGGAAGCAUCCCUUCCUUCUUCAGCGGACACCCUUACCUCCCCCCAUCCCUCCCUCCCUUCUCUUCUCACAGACACAUCGGAUCAGCAGUCAGCAGUGGCAGCGUCCCUUCCUCCUGUUUUGAGUCGACUCAAAACACCCUCUCUCCCUCUUUCAGAUAUGACAGGAAACGUGUCCCUCCAUCUCUUCUCGCCUCACAGGCACAUCGAGUCAGCAGUCAGCGGUGGCAGCGUCCCUCUCUCCUGUUUUGGGUCCAGUCAAAACACCCUCUCUCCCGCCCUCCCUCCCUUCUCUUCUCACAGCCAUGUCGAAUCAGCAGUCAGUGGCGGCAGUAUCCCGACCUCCUUCAGCCGACUCAAGAAGCUGCGUCACUUGUAG